AUGUAUGUUAAGUUUUUGAAAGAUGUGUUGAAUAAGAAAAGAACAUUUGAUGACCUGGAUUCUAUAGCCUUUACUGAACAUUAUAGUGCGGUUAUUCAGAAUAGGGCACCACCUAAAAAGAAAGACAUUGGUAGUUUCUCUAUACCUUACACUAUUGUUCCUAUUUGUAUUCAUAAUGCUUUGUGUGAAGUAGGUGCUAGUGUCAGUGUCCUUCCCCUUUCCUUGUGUAAAAAACUUAAAAUGAGAAAAAUUAAGUGUACCACAAUGACCCUCCAAAUGGCUGACCAUUCUAUUAAGCACCCAUUAGGUAUCUUAGAGGAUGUCCCUAUUCGAGUGGGUAAGUUUUUCAUUCCUGUUGAUUUUGUGGUGCUUGACAUGGCUGAGGACCUAAAAAUCCCCAUUACUUUAGGUAGACCCUUUUUGUGCACUGUAAGGGAAGUAAUUGAUUUAAGGGCGGGAAGUAGCACACUGAAUAUCUAG